AUGAGAGCUGUCGCUCAGCAGAUGUUCCGGACCUGCGACACACUUUUCUCUCGAAAAAUGUCAACGGAUGCUGUGGAGGCCCGGCCAUCCAACAUCGAGACGGCAGCACAGAUGGACAACGUCCUUCAUCUUCCCAGCUCUUCACAAACGUUCAACGUGGGAGCAGUGAUGGAGAGGGCCCACCACGGCGGUGGAUGGCUCCUGUCUGGCAUCAUCGGCGUCAACAUCCUGACCCUGGGCUGCGCUCUGGUGAGCGGCAGUGCCUUCAACAGCGUGGCCAUUACUGCUGUGCACCGGCAAAUCUUCCUCAUCAUUCUCCUCCUCCUCACGAUGUUGUGGAUGCUGUUUUACGCAGUCGUCACCUCGAAAAAGGAUCAAGCCGUCUUGUUUAAAGAUGGCCAUGCGGGGCCUGUGUGGCUCCGAGGCGGACUUCUGCUAUUUGGGUUUCUCAGUCUCCUCAUGGACAUCUUCAAGAUCGCCACCUAUGUGGGCUACCUUCACUGUGAUUCUGCUGUUAAAGUCGCCUUUCCUGUUGUGCAAGCUGUAUUUCUUAUUGUGCAGACAUACUUCCUGUGGUUUCAUGCAAAGGACUGUGUGCAACGACACACAAAUUUUACACGGUGUGGGCUUACUCUUCUGCUUUCAACUAACCUGGUGGUGUGGAUGGCAGCCGUGACUGAGGAAUCGAUUCACCAAACUGAGAUUCCAGACCUAGAUGUCAAUGUCUCACACAAGAUGUACAGAGCCAGCUAUGGUAGCGUGAAGUGUAAAUGCAGUCACUCGGCGUGCGACACCUUCAAAGACGCCUUCUACUACCUCUACCCCUUCAACAUUGAAUACAGCCUAUUCGCUUCUGCUAUGGCCUACGUCAUGUGGAAAAAUAUUGGUCGCCUUGUGGGGGACCACAGACGGCAAAGCGUCAAGUUCUAUCCAAAGGAUGUGCGCGUUGGACCCGUUAUGGGAUUACUCCUGGCGGUGGCAGGACUUGUCACAUUCGUAGUGUACGAGGUGGACAUAUUGACGGAAGACGAGAAGAACAGAAACCGGGCCCUGCUGAUUCAUUUCAUCAUGAAUAUAGUGAUAGUGAGCCUGAUGUGCCUCUCCACCGUGAUUGGCUGCAUCUUGUUCAGGCUGGACCACAGGGAGCACGUAUCGGAGAAAAACCCCACUCGCAGCCUGGACGUGGGGCUCCUGGUGGGAGCCUCGAUGGGGCAGAUCAUCAUCAGCUACUUCGCCAUCGUGGCGGCGGUGGCGACGGGAGCCAGAGGGUACCUGAACGCCCUCAACCUGUCCUGGGCGGUGCUGACGGUGCUCCAGCUCGGUCUGCAGAACUACUUCAUCGUCGAAGGCCUCCAUCGAGAGCCUUUCCACGUGAUGCAGGAAGCCGCUCUGCACACAAAUGCUCACGCCGUCCGGGAACAUCCAGAGAUGAGCGUUGUUCCGGAGAGGCAAAAGUCCAAAUACUCCAUGACUUCAAGUCCCGAGACGUUAAGUUGGAAGAGGAGAGUAUUGAAAGAAGUCUGUGUCUUUCUGCUGCUUGCUAACAUCAUUCUGUGGAUCAUGCCCGCCUUCGGUGCUCGUCCCCAGUUUGAUCAUCCCAUUGAAAUAAAAUUCUACAAAUUCACAAUGUGGUCAGCCAUCGUGAAUAUUGGACUUCCUUUUGGAAUCUUCUACCGCAUGCACUCUGUCGCCAGUCUCUUUGAAGUGUACUUGAUCUCUUAG